AUGACGGAUUCACCAACAUCGGAGGGGGAUCAAUGUGAACGGGAUGUAUUGUACCUUCAUCCUUUUGAUAACUCCAGCUUCACGCUGGUUUCUUUGCCGUUGAAUGGUGCGAAUUUUUUUACUUGGAGUAGAGCGGUCUAUGUUGCUCUAGGUUGCAUGAUGAAACUUGCAUUCAUAGACGGAACGUUUCCACAACCUCCACCAGGUUCUGCUCUAUUUGAACAAUGGAGGCGAGCGGAUCUGAUGGUGACAUCUUGGCUUUGGAACUCAAUCGCCAAAGACAUCGUGGAAGGAUUUAUGUACGUCAGCUCCUCACGUGAAUUGUGGCUGGAGAUCCAAGCUCGGUAUGGCCGGAGUAGUGGUCCUAUGAUUUACCAACUGCAACGAGAGAUUUCGUUGAUUUCACAAGGUGACAUGACUCUAACAAGCUACUUAACUAAGGUAAAGAAGUUGUGGAACGAACUAUUUUGCUUGGCUCCAUCGCUAAAGUGCACCUGUGGAGCAUGCACAUGCGGCAUAAAUAAGGCUAUUGGGGAGAUGUACACUGCGUUGCAGCUUAUGCAAUUCCUCAUGGGUCUCCAUGAGAGCUUUGACAAGGAGAAAAGUCAAUUGCUCAAGAUGGACCCGUUGCCGGACUUAGAGAAGGCUUUCUUGAUAUUAUUUGCUGUUCAACAACAACGAAGCAUUCAGACACACGUUGUAGAGAAUAAUGCUACUGCAGCUUAUCAAGUUUCUUUUAAACAAAACAGAGGUCCUCCUCAGAAGCAAACUCAGAGGCGUAGGAUGCUUCAAGAUAAACGAUGUAUGAUUUUUACACAUUGUCAUAAGCAAGGACAUUUGAGAGAAACAUGUUUUCAACUCCACGGCACACCAGAGUGGUACAAGGCACUAAAUGAUAAGAAGAAGGAAUCUAAAGAUAGCUACAGAUUUGCGGGGAAUUUAAGCACAAAGGAAGCCAGAAAUAUGGACAUUACUGCAGCUAAGAUGGACACUAAGGCCAAUAUUGCUGAUUUGGUAACAGAAUGA